AUGACUUCUGCCGGCCGCAUUAGCCUUGCAGCCCGUCUUGCAUUACCUCAAUCAGGUUACGUCUGCCUACACUGUCGGCUCCGAGCAUCAACCGCUGUAAGAAUGACUAACUCAUCAAUCACCCUACCCUACGCUUCCAGCAGACACGCCAGCUGGCUCAACACUGAAAAGUUACGAAAAAAGAUAUGGGGCUCAGAGACACCGCCAGGUCAGGACGAUCCGUACGGGAAAGAGAGUGUGUUUGAUCAGAGAAGAAGGGAGAAGGAGCAAGCGAGGGAAAAGGGCAGGGAGCUUGAACCGGCACCUGAGCAGGAGGUGGAACAGCCCGAAGAUGAAGAUGAAUAUUUCGAAGCGGAUACAGCUGAAGGCCUAGAGAUGGUGGGUGGGCCUGGUUGGGGGACAAGGCAAUGGGAGGUGGCGAACCCAUUUAAAGGUUUCAUUCGUCCCAAGAGAACAGAGGGUCGAAAUGAUACAAUCCUCGCAGUUCAUCGCGCCUUGGUGGAGACCUACGCCUUGAAAGAAGCUGGACUACCAUUGGUAAUGGAUUACUCUUCAGCAGACCCUACGGAAGAUUAUGCCACACGUGUUGCGGGGGGCGCAAAAUUCGAGCAGGACGCAAGCGGACAGCUGGCUUUGGUGCUUGAGAGUGAGGAGCUGCGACAGUCCAUAUUGGAAUGCGUCACACCAAAAGAUCGCUCGAGCGACAAUAUCGCGAUGCAAGACGCAGACAUCGAAGAAGAGGAAGUUACAGACGAAAUUACAGAUGAACUUGCAGAGGAGGAGAUGGAGUCCAAUGACGCCGAAGAAAGGCCGUCGCAGAUUGUCAAGGGAGAUGACGAAAUCAAUUUGGAAUUGGAAGGCUCUGAACUACCACUUCCGGACGAAGAGUCCUUCGAUCCUGCAAGAUCAGCAGAUCUUGCACCCUUCAUGCCAGCGAGCGAUACUUGGCGCGAUGUCUCAAUGGACGAUGCAGCAAUGAAAUUUGCAGUCCUCAAGAGGGUGAUGCAAUUGACGGGAAGGCGCAUUCCAGACCCCGACAUCUCAGCCAUCAGCACACCAAAAUCAUUACUCGUCCACCUAGUGAAAAAGCCCAAACCAAAAAGGACUGCGGAAGCCCUUCGGAAGUCGAAUCAAGUUGCAGAACUUCCGAACGUGCAAAUCCUUAAUAGAAGAUAUGGUUUGAUCGACCGAGAAAUCGAGGUGGGGAGGUGGAAGGUGAUCAAAGAGGAGCUGGAGAAGAGAGGCUUGCCUGUUACUGGCUGA